AUGGAUGAGCCUUUUAGCGAUAAAAACAUCACGACAAACGAAUUUAGAAUUCGUCUUAUAUUUCUUUUAACUGUCUAUAUACCAUUGGACUUGGUGAUCAUCUUCGGCAACGCGUUUGUUCUUUUAGUCAUUCACCGAACGCCAAGUUUAAAUGAACAGCAGUUUACUUUACUCACUAGCUUAGCGCUGGCGGACUUACUUACUGGCAUAAUCGGCGUCCCUGUCGCUAUGUGGUGGUGUGUCACGAGGAGAUCCUUAUCCACCUACCUACAUAAUAUCGAUAAUGACUGUGCGUUACAAUACAUUCCUAUGGAAAUUUUAGUUUCUACGUCGUUUCUACACCUUGUAUUCAUUACUACAGACAGGUACCUUUCUAUAUUGAAACCGUUAAGAUAUGGACAAUUUGUUACUCAAAGUCGCGUCUACGGUGCCAUCGCUUUCUCUUGGAUUAUAGGCUGUGGGUUUGGCAGCGUCAGGUUGUUCUGGAAAAGAGAAGGAUUUAAGGAAAUAUUAAUUUGCCACGGGAAGAACGAACAAGGUUUGGCAGUCCAACGUUACAUGGCUUUUAUCUUCAUUCCCACAGCUGUGAUGUCAUUCAUUAUAAUGUACUUCCGUAUUUUUAUGGAAGCAAGAAAACACAGACGCACCAUAACUGCUCAAAAUACAGUCGGCACACAAACAAAUGUUCUUAAGAAAUUUAAAGCGGCUAAAACAAGCGCUUUGAUCGUCUGCUUAUUCGGUAUUGCCUAUGUACCUUAUUUGAUCAAAGUUAUAUUCUUUCUAUUUGGGUUUCAAGAAAGCGAUUUAUACUGGUGCGAUUUGAUGUCGGAGGCGUUGUUGGUUAUGAGUUCAGCCGUCAAUCCGUUCAUCUACGUGUUCCGUCACAGGCAAUUCUCAUCCGCUCUACGUCGUGUUCACUGCGGACGAUAAUAUGGUCUGUGUUCUUAGUUAAUUACGUAAAAUUGGUAUUAUUCUUUAAAAAUUGUAUAAAUUAAUGUUAAUAUUUUAGUAUUUUUUGUGAGUUUUGGUUUUCGGAUGCAGCACUUUGGGAGACUUCUUAAAUAUUGAUUUAGUUCGAUUUUUUGGAAUCCUUUCUCUCACUGCAUAUCUACAAAGCGAUUAGAAAUAAUGCUACCGUUCUAUUGAACAUGGUUAGGCACGAUUUCAUGUGCGCAAAUAAUUGAUGACAAUUCCUGUGAAUUAAUUGCGGGUCAUUAGGACCUUAGUGGAGUAAUGUCCCUACCCCGGGAUGCAUAGUUUGAUUAAGUUGGGGUAUGCGAAUCAUUAAGACCU